UCUUGAUUCUCUUCUUUGGUUGAUAGGUGUGUUCUUCUUUAUAUAUAGAAUUUAAGAGAAAAGGAAUUACGAUAACAAUUUAAGAAGAUAAAUAUUUUCUUUAUAAAGUUACUACUAAUAUGUUCUCUCUCUCUCUCUCUCUCUCUCUCUCUCUCUCUCUCUCUCUCUCUUUCGUCAUAUCAGAAACAGAGACUGAAAUUUCCUCUAUUGAGUUUCGGUUCAGUCCGAAAGAAACAAGCAAGAAGCGCUCCUCAUUUGUCUACUGACACCUUCAGAUAUAGAAAUAGAGAAUGGGUUGCAGGAGAUCAUCAAUAAUUGUAUCGGACUUGCUAAUUCAAGCUUCCCUUAAAUCUCUCUGUUUUUCUUUAUUUGGUGUUUCUUUCUUUGAAGAACCUCACCUUAUUAGAGAGAUCAGAAGAAGAAGAAGAAGAAGAAGAAGAAGAAGAAGAAGAAGAAGAAGAGGGAGAUACUGCUAAGAAAAUAUGGUUGUGGGUCGUGAGGUAUGGCCAAAGAGAAUCCAGAGAAGCAGGGGAACUGAUGACCUUAGUGAAGAUGUUCUUGAGAUCAUAUUCUCAUAUUUGCCCAUAAAGUCUGCUGUGCAGAUGGGAGUUCUAUCUUCUAGAUUCAGUAAUUCAUGGGUCUAUUGUCAAAAUCUUGAUUUUGGCAAGAACUUUGCACGAGGCCGGAGCACAGAGGAUUUCACAAGAAUAGUUGAUCAGGUUCUGAAUCUCCAUUUAGGCUCUAAGGUAUGUACAUUCCAAUUAUUCUUUGAUCCAAGACAGAAGAUCCGACAAGUUGAGGAAUGGAUACGUUUCGCUGUAAAGAAAGGAGUUGAAGAGGUUGAUAUAGAUUUCUCUCCAGGGAAGAACCUGAACUUAAUUCCUGAUUUUCUCUUAGAUUGUGGAUCACUGAAGGUUCUAAGAUUAAAUUUCUGUGAGUUUCUUAGGCCCUCUUUCAGCUUCAAUGGUUUGCUCUCACUCACCACUCUCUCUCUUACAAGGGUUGGCAUCACUGACAACAUAAUCCAAUCUGUGUUCAAUUCAUGCUUGCUUCUAGAGAACUUAGAUCUGAAUAAGUGUCUUGGAAUUCGGAAUCUCGGAAUUUCAGCCAAAAAUCUUAGGAGGUUCAAGGUGUUGAAGGUCACAGAUUGUUAUAACCUAUCUUUGUUGUAUAUAGAUGCACCAACUCUACAGUCACUGCAUUAUUCCGGAAAGGUUAGGAGGUUCAUUUUCUCCUCCAGUACAUUGAAUCUAAAGUAUGCAAUGCUUAAUUUCUCUGCUUCAAUGUCCAAAGGGAUUGAGGAGAAUCUUUACAUGAGAAAUCUUCCAUUUUAUUUAGCUCAUGUCAACAGUCUCACUGUCACUAGUAUUUUCCUUCAGGGACUAUCUCCCAAGUAUGUGGAUGGAGAAUUUAGAGCUAUUCAAAUCCGUUUAUACAACUUGAAGGAAUUUCAACUGUUGAUGGAGAAAAGCAGUUACUGCAAUCCGUUCGACAUUGUUAUUUUCCUGAAAAACUGCCCAUUCUUAGAGAGAAUUAUUAUAGAUCUCAAAGGAUUUUCAUUCCACUGUGGGUAUUACUGGGAGCUAUAUGGGAAGAAGCCACUAGUACAACUUGAUUGCAAAUUUCAUAACCUUAAAUCUGUCAAGUUGAAGGGUUUCAAGUUUGAAGAGUGUGAAUUGUUGUUGCUGAAGUUUGUGUUAGAGAAGGCUAUUGUGUUAGAAGAUUUGUCUCUUGUGCCUGAUUACAAGAAUAGAAAAACUUGUGCUGCUAUGAUACAAAUGUAUCACCAGUUAUUUCUUUCUUGGUGUGCAUCUGCAAAGACUAAAAUAGUUAUAUCAGAGAACCAAAAAGACUGAUGUUUAUUUCCUGCUACGUAUUCUCGGUCUUAAUCAAGUGAGGAACCGAAAAUUUUGAGAAAGCCUGUCAGUGUUCUCCUCAUAUAUGUAUACUCUUAUCCUCAUGGAAGUAUUGGAAGCGACUCAUCGGUGAAAAAUAUUUCCUAGUCUUUGGUCAUUCAAUCAGAUUGAGAGUGUAACAAAUCUUAAAUGUUCUGUUCUCUGUACAGAUAUUGUGAUAUAGAUAGAUCUUCUGAGGCUGUAUUUUUUCAGCUUAAAGAUAUAUUCAUACUUGAAUAUGAACCAUUUCAGAGUUGUAUCCCUUAAACAUGA